AUACAUAAAGGUGGUACAUCGCGGUUGCGACACAGUCUUCGCACGGACAUCAUUCGUUGUUGUUGUUCCGAGUGACAUUGGCACGAUGAUCGCGUACAGAAUAGUGUUUUUGGUUGCGGCAUUUUGCAACGUAAACGGCGAAGACGCGUAUUUGCCGUCGUACAUCAAACAAUGCGGCUACAACGACCCCGACUUCGCGUCUUGCGUGCAGCAGCAGGUGGUGCUGUCGCUCCCGCAGUUCACUAAGGGCAUCCCGGAGCUUGGGGUGCCUUCGAUAGACCCCAUCAACCUGGACGACAUCAUCAUAGACGGCAACGGGCUGAAGCUGUCCUUGAGAAAGGCGCAGAUGCAUGGCCUUAGCACCGUCCACGUAACUGAUCUCAAAGUAAACUUAAAAGACGAGAGUUUUAACCUGACAUUUGUUGCUAAUAUGAGUGUCUCAGGCGUAUACAACAUCGAUGGGCGCAUCCUCGUGUUGCCCAUUAAGGGAGAUGGGGAUUGUUUGAUAUUAGCCGAUAACACUGAAGUAGAAAUAAGCAGCAAAUUGACUUUUGUAAAGGGCAAGAACGGGGAACACUUGAAACUAGUCACCCCGAACUACAAGUACCAGAUAGAGAAGACCACCUUCCAGUUCGAGAACCUGUUUAACGGCAACAAGGAAUUAUCGGACUCCAUGCAUCAGUUUGCGAACGCGAACUGGAAACAGCUUAUGGACGACCUCGCCCCGCCGGUCAUCAAGCAAAUCGUGCGCACGGGCGUCAAGGCCAUCAACAAAUUCUUCAACAAAGUCACCGCUCAACAACUCAUUAAUGAUUAUCCGCAUAAUUAAUUUAUUAUUAGGUAUAAAAAGGAGGAUCCGUCAGAUCUUUCAAAGUUCAAAGCGUUUUUGUUUCGUCUUCGCAGUGUCUACAUUUGUUGAGGGCGUCAGGAACCUGGCGCUUGCACAGAGCGGGCGUAUCUACGCACGCGGUUGCUAUUGUAGUAGACCGCGAGCCAGGAACAGAUUUCCAUGACCAAUCGCCUCCCGGGCGAUAACUCGUAUAGUGGUUAACGGCUAUGAUGAACCCUCGUGGACGUCAGCUGCCGCUCCGUUGGUGGGUUGAGCGAUGGCAGCCACCGAAAUACGUAAAAAAAAUUGUCAUUGCCUCCCGUGUGAUACUUUGUCAAAUGAUAGUUUAGAUGCUAUUGUGAAUAAAAAAAAUCGUCUGCCGGUUGUAUCGCGGUGGAAACUACGUCAGCUGGUGACCUGGACAUGUAAAAAAAUCUUAUAAUAGUAAUACUACACUUAUGAAACUUUGAUUGUAGCAUUUCAUCAGGGUUUCAAUAGUUUCAAUUAUCGGAUUACGCAUUAAUACUUUGCGGAUAUAAAAUGGUAGGGUGCGUAUUUUUUACAAGUUCAUGUGGACAGAUGACGGUUUUUCCACCGCGAUACAACCGGCUGACGGUAUUUUAAAAAUAGCAUUAAACUAUCAUGACAGAAUAUCAAUCGUGAGGGGGUGACUGAAAAAAAUUUUUUUUUACUUGUUCAUGUCAUCAACAGUCUUUCCACCGCGAUACAACCGGCUGUCAUUUUUUUUAAUUCACAAUAGCAUCUAAACAAACAAACACAAAGUAUCAGCCGGGAGGCGAUGACUGACGAUAUAUGUUCCUGGCCCGCGGUCUAUUGGUAAAACUUCACACCUAUACUCUGAUUUGUAAUUAGAUUCCAAAAAACUAACCUCACUUUUUCUCUUUUGCGUAUGUUUUAAGAAACUAAACAAAGCUAAAAGGAUACAUCUAUAUUUAUUUUAAAUGCUAGAGUAUGCAAAAGGGAAAUUUGAGUUUACUUCAUUACAUAUUUUCCAUUAUUACGAAAGAAAAAGGAUCUGAGUGAGGUUAGUUUUUUGGAAUCUAAUUACAAAUCAGAGUAUAUAAAUCGUUUUUUAAGGAUUCAGGAAGGUUGUAUUUGUUUCAAAAAUAUAAAUAAUAAGUAGGUAUAGUUUGUCAAAGGACUGUCUCAUUUAUUUCAAACAUAGACAAAGAGAAUCAUACUAUAUUUGUCUUACUGUCUGUGUGGGUAGUACUAGCACCCAAAAGAAAAGGAUGAGUAUAGUUUUUUUUGUUCUUAUUAACUGACAAGAUUUGCUAUACCAACUAUACUUAUUAUAUUAUUAAUUACAAAAAUAUUCUUUUUUUUAUGUACAUAAACCUAAAAAGCCUGGAGACUAUAUUAAAAAGUAGGCGAGCUGACCGUGACGUCACUAUACUCGUAUUCAUAUAAAAUCCAUAUUAGGCCUGCAUAUACCUAUAUAUAAUAUCUGUUAAAAAUAAUAUCCCGCACACAUAUCAAUGUGAUUCAGUAAGAUUGCGGACUGAAAAUCAGCGCUGUGCGGUCAAUUCCUAAUGAAGUGGCUGGCGCAGCAUAUGCGAAGCCCGUUCCUUUUGUCGCGCAUGCCAAUUUUUAACCUUAUUUGUAAAUAUAUUCCUGUAAUUUCUCUUUUGUUGUGUGACAAUAAAUGUUUUCUUAUUCUUA